AUGGAUAUUGCUCCUAUUAUGCGAUAUCUGGAUUCGAUAGGCUCAGACUAUCGAGAAUUGGAGUCCCGAGAAUUGGAGUCCCGAAUUCUCUUAGUCAAUGAUUAUAGGGAACUUUCGGAUUGGAAAUCGGAGGUCGUAGGCCCGCCACGCCAGGUUGACCAAUAUGGAAAGUUUGUCCGCUCAGUUGACCAUAAGUCUUCCGAGACUGUCUCAUCCUUCGUUAAGUAUUCAUUCUUCGCGUACUCCACAGGAAGAGUCCUUUCAAGGUUGGGUAGCAUUAGACUUGGGGCGAGUCUCGGCUUUUACAAUGUGAUAUGUGAUUCCAACAGUAUAUGGAUUUGGGUUUCGGAUUAUGGUGAUUUUGGAUUUGGUGAUAUUGGGGUGUACCACGGAGCCAUUGACAGGGAUGUCUGUGCGUGUAAGACUUAUUUCAGCCGAACAUGUAUCGAGGAUUCUGCCAUGCGUGUCUGA